AUGUUGUAUACGUUUUUAUCACUUCGCAAUCGAAGUUUUACUGUAUCCACAGCAUAUGACACCUCAUUUGGCACCUGGCCAGCAUCGAUUUUGAUUGGCUAUUUAAAUAAUGACUCGGAACUAGAUAUCGUUGUUGGUCAACUUUUCGGCGCACAGAUAUCAGUUUUUCUUGGCCUUGGUAACGGCACAUUUUCUGUGUCAAUAGCGUUUACAAAUAGUGAUCAGGGUGGACCAAACUUUGUCAUUAUCGCAGAUCUUGACAAUGAUAAUUGUUCGGAUAUUGUUGCUGCAAAAGGUGGAGUUCACGUCAUUGAAAUAAUGUAUGGUAUGUGUGAUGGCACAUUCUCUAGACGGGAAACUGUACCAACUCUUCCAGGUGCACUACCAUCUUUUCUUGAUGUUCGUGAUCUCGAUAAGAACGGAUGGCCCGAUAUCGUUGUCCUCAAUAGUGCAUUGAGUAGUGUAACUGUGAUGUUUGGACAUAUUAACAAUUCUUUUGACGACCAAAUAACGAUGUCGAUUGGAAAGGAUGCUCAGUCGUCAGCAGUUGUUAUUGUCGAUGUUAACGAUGAUGAUCUCGAUGAUAUCGCUGUUGUGAAUUCACAAAGCAGUGCUGUUGUUAUUUUCCUUGGUUAUGUUAACAGAACGUUUUUCAGUCAAAUCACUUAUUCAACAGGUUAUAACACAUACCCAGUAUCAGCUGUCUUUGCUGAUUUCAAUGACGAUCGUCAACUGGAUAUGGUUGUGUGCAACACUAAGAGUGAUAAUAUUGGUAUUCAUUUCGGAUAUUCUAGUACGAGUUUUGUGAGUUUACCAGCCUAUUCGGCUGGAGUGUUUUCUCGACCAAUGUCUAUUGUGAUUGAAGAUUUCAACAAUGAUACUCAACUAGAUGUUGCUGUUGUCAAUUCUAGAACUGAUAAUCUCAUGGUUCUUCUCGGAUCUACAUUUGGAACAUUCAUUGAAAAUGAUAAUAUUAUUGGCAUCUUUCUCGGCAAGAGCAAUGGCAUGUUUGCCAAUCAGAGCAUAUAUUCGACUGGUCUUCAGUCUCAACCAUCAUCCGUUCGUAUUGGUGACUUUAAUAACGAUACUUUGUUAGAUAUUGUUGUGGCCAACUAUGGAAGUAAUACAGUUGGUGUGUUCCAUGGAUACGGCAAUGGAAAUUUUUCUGAGCAAAUCAUAUUCUCCAUUGGUUUUAAUUCUCGACCAUUUGCAUUAUCAGUAGCAGAUGUGAAUGAGGAUAAUGUGACAGAUAUUAUUAUCGGAAACUAA